UUUUGCAGACUACUACAAUCGUAGCGGAAAAAGUGGGUGAGGUACAACCGGGAAGUAAAGAAGUGUCUGGACUGUGUACCUGUUACACAAUAGCCUCCACCCAUCAACAGUGAUAAUAACUGGCUGACUGACAACGAUUGGUUUUUGUGCAUUUUGCUCGUCGUAGGUUUUUGUCUGAUUGACAUUGUCCAACAAUGGGUGCCCACGUUUCGAGAACAGAUUUUGAAUGGUCAACAUCUGACGAACCCCAUGCAUCUAGGAGAAAAGAAAUACUUGAAAAAUAUCCACAAAUCAAAAAAUUGUUUGGAUCUGAUCCCAAUUUCAAAUGGAUUGUCAGUGCCAUGAUCUCGAUGCAACUGGUAAUGAUUUUUGUGGUGCCAAGAUUUCCGUGGCCUUUGGUGAUUGGCUUGGCAUAUUGUUUUGGAGGUGUAAUUAACCAUUCACUUAUGCUGGCCAUUCAUGAAAUAUCUCACAAUUUGGCAUUCGGGCAUGCCAGGCCGAUGGCUAACCGCAUACUGGGCAUGAUUGCUAAUCUGCCUAUCGGUAUUCCAUUCUCCGUUUCAUUUAAGAAAUAUCAUCUCGAACAUCAUAGGUAUCAAGGCGAUGAAGUACUGGACACCGAUAUUCCAACCACCCUCGAAGCAAAGCUUUUUUGCUCUACGUUUGGCAAAGUGGUUUGGAUGUUCCUACAACCCCUUUUUUACGCCCUACGCCCUCUAUUUGUUCGACCCCUACCACCUAGCACGACAGAGAUAAUCAAUGUCGUCAUACAGCUUUCUUUUGAUUUUACCGUAUAUUACUUCUUAGGUGCAAAGGCAUUGGUCUAUCUGCUGGCUGGUUCACUCUUGGCCAUGGGAAUUCACCCAGUUGCAGGUCACUUUAUAUCGGAACACUACAUGUUCGCUAAAGGUUUCGAAACUUAUUCGUAUUAUGGACCUUUGAACUGGAUCACAUUCAACGUGGGCUACCAUAACGAACACCACGACUUCCCUGCUGUGCCGGGCUCUCGUUUACCUCAGGUGAAGGCUAUUGCUCCAGAGUAUUAUGAAAACCUACCGCACCAUAAUUCAUGGGUUAAGGUACUUUACGACUUCAUCACUGAUCCAGCCAUCGGACCUUAUGCUCGAGUCAAGCGUCAUCAUCAAAAUAAAGUUCUUAAAGACGAGUAAAGAGUCUGCGUCCCUUUAGCUUGGUUCUCAAUGACGUAGCCCGUCCUUUUUCCCAUCAUUGCUACGUAGUCGUGCAUCGCAAUCAUUAUUUGAUUGCGAAUAAAGUGCUUCGAGUGCUUGUAUAGCGCAGACCAAUGUCUUGUUGAGCCACUCCUCUGAAACGAUCUGUCUUAAAUGGAUGCCUCCCAGGCCAAUUUCUUUUCGUUUCCUUAAUUCCUGUUCAAAAUGUCUAUAUAGUCUUCUUGUGGAAUGCUCUUCCUUGGGCCUUUUCCCUACACCGUGUCUCUAGUGCGUCCUACCUGGAAUUUGUAAUGCCUUCAUCUGUGACUUUUUGGAUCUUGAAGCAAAACUUUCUUGUUGUCAUUUCCUUUGAUGUGCUUUGAGCAACGGCGGCCGACAGCCCGGCUGGUUUCGUAAAAAUUUGGUUACAUAGGAUCUAUUGUACGAUUGUAUUCAGCUGGUUGCUUGUUACAAUCGUAACCAAGACUUAGCAUAAAAUAACCAUUUAUCAUACGGGAAUCUCGUCUAGCUUGCGCCACUGCCACCGCCUUCCUUUCCGACUGUUAUUUGCUGUUGUGUAUAAACAAAUAGCGUAGAACAUGUGUAAUAGUUCAGAAUAUCAAUUGUGAGCUUGCCUUGCUCUCCUUUAAAAGUGUCAACCCGCGAAGCACGGAUACUUAUCAUCGUUUGCGAUGUGAACUAUCUUUAUAAUCCCAAAUCGCCCGUGCUCUAACUUUUUUAGCAGCCCUGAGUGCUGCGUAGGUGUGUGUUUCUCCGUGUUACAUAACCCUUUCUUCCCGUCUUUGCCUUAACAGGCUAACAGCACAUGUCUAUGUUCUUUGUUCAUCUGCCUAUUCGCCUGUUUGUAAAGUUUGUCUUAGUUUGUUUUGUUUUUUUUUUCUGUUCUUUUGGCACCCGAGACCAAAUACACGUUUGUCUAUGACUA